AUGUCGCUGACUCUCAAGUUCACGUCACUGGCAGUUCGCACCCUUUCCAAACCAAUAGCUAAUUUUAUCAAGAGACAAGCCCGGGAGCAUGAUGGCUUCCGCCGAACGUGCAUCUCCUUUGCCCAGACUCUCCACCGAAUUGAUAUGCGAUGGCGCAUCGGUCUGCUACAAGAUGCUGCAGCUCUGGAGAAACAGGUCGCGAAGGAGCAGGCUGCAGAAGCUGCAAAAAGGCAUAAACAUGCCAACAUCCCUACCGUCAAGACAGAAGCACAGAUGAAGGCUGAAGAGGAAGCUGCUGAAAAGGCCGCCAAAGAAGCACAAGAGCCCCCAAAGCCGCGGCCGAAACCCAAGAUUAGACCCCUAUCCGAAGCCAAAGCCAUCGAGUCGGGCGCCAACUUCAUAAGCGAGGCAUUUCUUUUUGGUGUUGCGGCUGGUCUGAUCCUAUUUGAGUCGUGGCGGUCGGGCAGGAAAGCGACCCAGCGGAGGGAUGAUAUCGCCGAGCGACUGAACGAGCUGGAGGAGUCUGAAAAGGCGGCCCGAAAAGCAUUGGUCGAGCUGGAGAGGGAAGUCCUCCGCCUGCGAGCACAAGAGAAGAAUGGAAAGCCAACUACCGCAAUAAGAUUAUUGCCCAAGGAAAUAUACGAAGAAGACAAAGACAAAGAGGACGAGAAGGCGGCACAACCGCUUGGCUACUGGUCACGCCUGACAUCUCUGAUAUCUUUCUCCAAGGGUGACAACGAGGCACAGGAGACCCUAUCAAAGAACGAGCCAGGACCGGCAGAGAAGAUCCUUGUACAGUCCGAUAAGGCUUUGGAGGAGAAGCAUAGGCAACAAAAGGCCUUGGAAGAGGCAGAGAAGACGGCUGCUGAACAGAAACCGAAAAAGUGA